AAUCGCUCUGCUAGACCAGAGGAAAUAUUGAACCAAAUAAGCAAUCACAUACUACUAGAGGUUACCGUAUCUCAACCACAUGCAGACCUAUCAAGAGUGAGAGACACAGAGAUAGCUAGGGUUGAGACAAGACCGAUCGAGAAAUGGGAAGAAGCCCUUGUUGUUCUAAGGAGGGCUUGAACAGAGGCGUUUGGACAGCUCAAGAAGACAAGAUUCUCACAGAAUACAUUAGAAUCCAUGGUGAAGGCAAAUGGAGAAACCUACCCAACAGAGCAGGUCUCAAAAGAUGUGGGAAGAGCUGCAGGCUUCGAUGGUUGAAUUAUCUGAGACCAGACAUUAAGAGAGGAAACAUAUCACCGGACGAGGAGGAGCUCAUCAUAAGGCUUCACAAGCUCUUGGGGAACAGAUGGUCUCUAAUAGCGGGGCGGCUUCCAGGGCGAACAGACAAUGAAAUUAAGAACUACUGGAAUACAAAUCUAGGAAAAAGAGUUCAAGACCAACGAAGCACGGCUCCAACUUCUAAGCUUUCAUGCCUGUACUCUAAUGAAAAUAAUUCGAAGCCACCCAUCACAGUCUCGUCAUCACCGCCGAACACGGCGCCGUAUGUGAUCCGGACCAAAGCAUUCAGGUGCUCAAAGGUACAUAUCACCCCACAGCCAAAGACGUGUGAAUAUUUUGAAGCUAAAGCAGGGCCUGCAGCAGGACACCCAAUGGAUGGUCAGUACCCCAUAAAUAAGCCCGGUACAAGCGAUGAGUUACUAUCGUUUCCUUGUGGAGAAGAUAACCCCUCGUCGGAUUUCAUGAUGGAUUUCAACAUGGGGGACAUCUGCUUGUCGGAUCUUCUCAACUCGAACUUUUCAGACAUGUGUGACUUUAAUUAUGGGGACGAUAAUUGUAAUGAUUUGUCGCCUUCUUCACGCGAACAGCUAAUGUUGUCUGAGGAAAUGCUGCAAGAUUGGAGUACUGCUAGCAAUGCCGUUGAACUUCAAACCAAUGCGGCUCCCAAUCUCCAGUACUCCUCCGCUUCGCCUCUUGGUUAUGGAGAGCAAUGGCUAGGAGAAUAAUUGAGUCAAAAUAUGUUCAUAUCAGUGACUGUGUGAUCGAUCUGAGUGUAACAAUAAUUAAUUAUUACUGUAUUGAUCUCAUGACGUGAUGUUAUAAAUAUAUGUAAACAGCUUGUUAAACAAGUAUAUUACUCGUAAUUAACAAGCUGUGAUUUGUCGUUAAUUAGGGAGGAUAUAUAGAUAAUACGGAGAUGAUUCCGUCGUGAUGCAACCCGCCCCGUACGUAGAUUGAUGAGAACCUUCCAGUACUGGACAUCACAAUCAGGUCUUUUACUUGCUGAAUAACAAUUCUGACAAUAAAUGUUAAAGACUUCUUAUAAUGUCCUAA